UAGAUGCCAGUGCCACUGCCCUGCAGCCUCUCCUUCUCAACUGGCUCGCACCUUCUUCCCUUCCUUCCUUCCUUCCCUUUACACACCCCUUUUCUCUCUCUCUCUCUCUCUCUCUCUCUUUCUCUCUCUCUCUCUCUAGCUACCCCUCUCUCUAAUUGGGUAGUACACUAGUACGUACUCCAGUAGCCAAGAAGCAGCUAGCUAGGGAGAGAUCAGCGUCGUUCCUGCCGGCCAUGGCGAGCACCACGCGCAAGGAGGAGAGGCCGGACAAACGCGUCAAUCAGCAGCAGGGGAGCACCAAGCUCUACUCCAGGAUGCUGUCCAAGGACGUAGCCAUCGCCGUCCCGUCCUUCCGGGUGUACUACGGCGUCGCCUCGGCCGGCUCCGUGCCCUUCCUGUGGGAGUCGCAGCCGGGCACGCCCAAGAGCUCGCCCUCCGCCGCCGCGCUCCCGCCUCUCACGCCGCCGCCCUCCUACUACGCGGCCGGCGGAAAGGGCGGCUCCAAGAGGGGCGGCGCCGGCGGGUCCGGGAGGCGCUGGCCCGGCGGCGUCAUCGCCCUCUUCCGGAGGCCCCGGCGCAGGACGUCGCCGUGCUCCUCCUCCUCCAUCUCCUGGUCGUCCUCGUCGUCCACCGCAUCGUCCAUGUCGCCGGUGUUCACGGUGCAGUCUUCGCCCUUCGCUGCACGGGGCUCCGCAGGCGCCCACCGACGAGCGUUCUCGGCCGGCGACGUCUUCGAGGAUGCGGCGGCGCCGUCGAGCUGCUUCGGGACGGACCGAGAGUGCGACAGGAGGGUGGUGAAGGGCUGCGGCGUCGCCGUGGCCGUCCGGAACGCGCUGGCCACCGUCGUGGGCCACAAGCCCGGCGGCCGAGCCACCAGCGCGAUGGCCUAGAGAGGACAGGAGCCCUGUCCUGGCUACAGAAAGUAGCAGUGUGGCAUGUUUAAUUUUCUAAAUACCCGGGGUGUGGUUUGCAUUUUGUGCUAGUAUAAAUGUACUUGACCUGCGUUACGUACGUGUCAUUUCCAUGUCAUGCAUGGCAAGGAAGAAAAGUGUAAACAUAACGAGUAAUAUUAUGUGGUGGUGUAUUUGUAUA